CCCGAUGCCAUGAAGUCGAACCUCCAAACUGCGUUUCCAACGUUUGUAGAACUUUACUCUACAAUCAACUUGGGUAGGAUAAACUGUUCAGCGUCGCUCUCGUUGUUACAAGCACUCGCCCCUAACUGGUGGCUCUCAAGAGGUUUCUUCAAAUAGGUGCUGACGACUUGCCCACGUUUCAGUGACGUCAAUUACACUGCUGGAGCCCAAUCCGCUUCCGUAGACUAUAUACCACCUCGUGGUCCAUAUUCACGUCCUCCUCCUUUCUGUCUCGUAUCUGGCUCGUUACAAUGAAUGACGGCGUGUCCAUUUCUCGUGCAACGUCUGUUUCGCGAACGAGCCGACAUGGCUCUUCCAUGUCGCGUUCGCAAUCUCUCAUCAAGAAGAAUAUCGCACCUCAUGAUCUGAGACCUUCCGAUAUUCUCAUUGAACGUUUCGUCGCGUGGAAGGCGAUCGUAAAGCAACUUAUUGCCUACUUUGAGGGCAUCGCAGACAUUGAGAACAAUGUCGCCAGAGAGAUGACGAAGCUUGCUGGCGUCAUCCAGGUCCCUUUCAGAGCCGGGAACCAGUUCUUAGGAGAAGGGGGACUUCAAGACGUCUACUACCAGAUCCGCGACAAGACUCGUGCUAUUGCGGACGAACAUGCCAACUUGGGAAGGACCGUGGACGGCUCGAUUGUGCAGCAUCUCCAGAAGUUGCGUGUAGAGAUCAAGGCACACAUAAAGAAUAUCCAAAAUGAUACCGGUAAACUGGCGACAUCGGUUGCCAAAGAACGUGAACUUUCCAGCAAGCUCAUCGGCGACCUGGGGACUCACGUCUCCAUUCUCAAGAACACUCCUAUGAGUGUGACUCCAAAGACGGACCCAUACGUUGCCAACCAAGCUGUCAUGCGCCAACUAGUCAAACAAGUGCACACAGAGAAUGCCCUUCAGAAGUCCCUGCUCCUCACACAGUCCAGUUCGGCAACUUUUGAGGCUGCUCUUAUCCAGGCCCUUCAGUCCGCUUGGGCGACAUAUGCUGAAUGGCGGACACGCAUGGAGACCCAAAUCAGCACUAUUUCACAGAGCCUGGAACGCGCCAUGUCUUCGUUUGCACCCGACCGUGAGUGGAUCGCAUUUGCCGCGAGGGAAGACCAUUUGGUCGAUCCGGAGACGCCUCUUCGUGAUCCAGCCAACAUCGUCUAUCCAUCCAAAGAAGACCCUAGCGUGCUACCCGUUCACACCGGAUUGCUCGAACGCAAGAAACGGUAUACGCGAACAUACAGGGAAGCUUAUUACGUGCUCACUCCCGCUGGCUUCUUGCACGAGUAUGCGUCGAGUGACCCUGCAGUAGCCGAUAAGCCCCUCUUCAGCCUUUUCCUGCCUAUGUGUACCCUCGGCCCUCCCAGCUCAGCAAAUGCCCGGAGCCACAAAUUCCACAUUGAAGGUCGCAAAGAUGGAACUGGGGCAACUAAGACGGGUUCAUUCCGUAGCAUCACAAGCACUAUUACUGGUCGGGGAAAUAAGGCCAACAGCAGUAUCACCGCCGGCGGCCAUGCAUGGGCCUUCCGAGCUCGGUCGCAUGAUGAUAUGAUGGAGUGGUGGAACGACAUUCGAAUGUUGUGUGCUCGGUAUCUGGUGGCGAGUGAGAGUAUCGAGAGGAGUGGACCUGUGGCUGCUGCUGUCCGGGCUGCAGGGUACACGAGUGAGGAUGAAGGCGAGGAAGGCGAGGAGGAGGAAGGUAGUAGUGUUGAGGAGGAGAGGGAAGGUGAUGAGGAGGAACUAUAUGUUGAAGCGAGGGAGAUUGCUGCUGAGAGUGGGGGUGAGACUGAACCGCCUGAGUAUGAGCAUCAUCGCGAGGGGACUGGAUAUCUCAGUGACAAGAAGCCUUUCCAACAAAAUGCAGAGGAAAAUGUCUCCGGCCGCCCUAGCAGGCGGCAACAGGAGAAGGCACCUGAGGGUCGCCCUCCGCACAAUGGGCAUGAUGAAGGCGAAGCUGAAAGGGAGGGUGAGGGUCUGCAUGAACCACGGGGCGAGAGUUUACAUGAAGAACAAGGCGAGGGUGUACAUGACACGCAGGGCGAGGGUGCACACGAGACACAGGGCGAGACUGGACGUAGCAAGGGGAACAAUGGGAAGGCACCUGCGGUGGAGAGUAAGUUCACUGAAGAUCUGUAAAGACGCGGUAUCAUUUUCGACUUCUGUUCUCACUGCGGGCAAUGCAAACGGUAUAUUCCUGCAGCUGAUUUUUGUAUUGCAUACAUAAUUUGUUGUCCCUUGUUGGGGUUUUUCUUCUUCUUCGGACUGGUUUAGUUGUAUAACGAUGUAAUGUUUCUGUAACGAUACUAUAUGAUGUAUGAUAUUGUCACCGCUCACACUUCGUAUGCUUCG